UGCAUAUAUACAUACGCACCAAGAACUCAAGAACACAGUUUUCUUGUUCAGAAAUCUUCAGAUAAAAUUGUUCAGUGUCGAUCGUCGUACGUGCGGUUUGCUGUCUGAAUUAAUUGUUCAGAAUUUCAGACAGUCACCGAUCGACCGACCAUGAGGCCUGUGACGUUCGCGGCGGCGGUUCUUGUUGUCAUCUGCCUCACCUCCGGCGGCGGCGGAGGCGGGAGGGGCGGCACGGCGGCGCGGCCGCUGGCGGUGGGCGCCGCGCCGGGCACUGUGGCGGUGGAGCUGGCCGGCACCGGCACCAACGCGUCGUCGCAGCCGUCGAACUGCACCUACGGCAACAACGUCGGCGGCCAGUGCCCUCCCACUCCCGGCGCCGGCCACUAGCAGCAGCAUAGUGCAAGUCGAUCGCUGCCAUCAAAUCGUACAGCUGAUGCGUAAUUACGAUUAGAUAUUUUCUUCCUGUCUUAAUUACAUUUAGUUACAUUGAAUGACCUCCUUCGAUCAUUCCAAAAAAAAAUAUUGUACUGAUAUUGUGAUUUUUUUAUCCGAUCAUGUAUUGAU